AUUUGUCUGUUGCGGUCACACACAAAAAUACUUCACUGUUGGUUCUCAUCUACGAUUUUUUAUUUACAGAUUCGGUCACACUAUUCAUAAAAAAGUAAAGUGGAAAGUUAUUCCGCAUCCACACUCAGCAGCAAUCUUUCCGAAAAGACUUACUCAGCAGAGAGGGAGUGAGUUGCAAUAACCGUCCGUAGAAAAUCAUCAGUUGCCAUCUCAAAGGAGGAAGACCGCAUCCGAUCCAAUCCGAACCGAUCAUGGCAACCACACCACGCAGCGGCGGUGCCAGCGGCACUGGAGCGGCGCAGCGACCCAAUGGCAAUUCGCAGAAUAAAAGUUGCCAAUUCAAGUUGGUGCUCCUCGGCGAAUCCGCCGUGGGCAAGUCAUCCCUGGUGCUGCGCUUCGUCAAGGGACAGUUCCACGAGUACCAGGAGAGCACGAUAGGUGCAGCCUUUCUGACACAGACCAUUUGCAUAGAGGAUACUGUCGUUAAGUUCGAGAUCUGGGACACGGCUGGCCAAGAGCGAUACCACAGCUUAGCUCCCAUGUAUUAUCGGGGAGCGCAGGCCGCCAUCGUUGUCUAUGAUAUACAGAAUCAAGACAGUUUUCAGCGUGCGAAGACUUGGGUCAAGGAACUGCAUAAACAAGCCUCACCAAACAUUGUCAUUGCGCUGGCCGGCAACAAGGCGGAUCUGUCAAACAUUCGCGUCGUGGAGUUCGAUGAAGCGAAGCAAUAUGCCGAGGAGAACGGCCUGCUGUUCAUGGAAACAUCCGCCAAGACGGGCAUGAAUGUCAACGACAUUUUCUUGGCCAUUGCCAAGAAACUACCUAAGAACGAUGGCGCCAACAAUCAGGGUACCAGCAUAAGGCCGACUGGCACCGAAACAAAUCGACCGACGAACAACUGCUGCAAGUGAUGUCCUUUUGUAGAAAAUGAAAUUUCCAACGAGAGAUUUGAAAAGUUUAUGCUGAUAAUUAUAAAUAAAAAAAUUAUUUAAAAAUUCAACAGAAUCAGAAAGAAAUACCUAAAGCCGGCUCUCCCAGGGGACAGUAAAUUCAUUUGGGAGCCACAUAAACAAUAAUAAUAAAGACCACAUAAGGAUUAUAAACUAAAUACCGACGGAGUUCCCCUACCCAACAUAAACGAAAGUUGCAAUUAAUGAAAGUUAGUUAAAAAUUCCCAAACCCUAAAUUUCCUCUCAUUAGAACCGAUAACUGUCCAAAAUCAAAAAAAGAUGGAAAACUGACACGCCCAUUGCAAUAGAGCUAAACUAUCAGUAUAAUACCAACAUAAACAACAUUUCAAAUAACAAAGCAAAAAAAUAACAAGUUGAAGAGAAAGGGCAGAAGGUUUUUGCAGAGUUCAUCGUGUCGUAGAAAGUUUGAAAUUGUAUUGUAAAAAAACAGAAAAUCCCGGAAAGCAUCUAAGCGAGCAAAAUAAUAUUUGUAAAGUUUACAUUUCGUGUAAGUUUCUGAGAGAAUUAAGUAAAGGGAAGAUUCCAGUUGCAGUUGUUCUCAGCAGCGUUCCAAAAAAAAAAAAAAAAAAAAAAAAAUAAAAAAAAAAGAAACACCACAAGGAGCAAAAGUUCAGGCCAGCGGCUGAAGAUCCUCGCUCGCCUCGGUCUGUGGCAAUGUGUGUGUCUCUCCGGCUCCGAAGCACUGGAUUCCAGAUUCCAGUUACCAAACUCGGAUACGGAUUCGACUCCGGGUCGCGGUGGACACGUGUGAUAGUUGCAAUUUAUAUAAAUUAUAUAUACACAUAUGAAAAUGAAAGAAAACAAAAACCACAAAAAAAAAACAAAAAGAAAACAAAUUAUGCAUAAUUAAAAUUUUUUUUAGUUUCGUCUUGUUUGAACUAUUUUUCCACAUUCUAGCAGCAAUCGAAGAUUUAAUGCUACUAUCUUUAAACAUAAACGAGAAAGGAGAAACUAUCGUAAACCAUAAAAAUAAAAAAUAAAAAUUAAACUUACAUCUAGUAUGCAAUUAAGCGAAGGAAGUAAAGUGAAAUCUUAAGCAUAAACCUUGAAAUACUUUACCAUAAUGCAAAGAGAAAAACAAACGUAAAUAAAACGAAUCGAACAACACAAUACCAUAAACUAUUUGUUUAAAUCGUUCCACGAGACAUCUAUAUGAUCCGAUGCUUAUUUCUUUCCAAUUCAUAAUUUUUAUGUUGUCUAUAUGUAUUUAAAUUUACCAUUUAUAAAUUAUAAUAAAUGAAAACAUCGUAUUUACUUAUAUAUAUAUAUGAGUUCGUAUAUAUAUAGAGUCAUUCGAUUUGAAUCGACAA